GUCGCGGACGGAUGACGUCGUGGCAGGCUGCGCCGGGGUUCUGUGUCUCCGCGGCCUGGCUGCGGCUGCUUUUCACGCUCCCCUCCGGGUCCCCCAGGCCGCGUCCCGCCGGGGGGAGCCCCCCCCCCCGUGAGAGGCCGAGACUCGGGGGACUGGCAGCUGCAGGCGCCGCGGGGGAAAAUGACAUCGCGGAGAUGGUUUCACCCGAAUAUUACUGGAGUGGAGGCAGAAAAUUUACUGCUGACAAGAGGCGUUGAUGGCAGCUUUCUGGCCCGGCCCAGUAAAAGUAACCCGGGAGAUUUUACACUUUCUGUUCGGCGAAAUGGAGCUGUCACGCACAUCAAGAUCCAGAACACAGGAGACUACUACGACUUGUAUGGAGGAGAAAAAUUUGCCACGUUGGCUGAGUUAGUCCAGUAUUACAUGGAACACCAUGGGCAGCUCAAAGAAAAGAAUGGAGACGUAAUAGAGUUAAAAUAUCCACUGAAUUGUGCUGAUCCUACAUCUGAAAGGUGGUUUCACGGGCACCUUUCUGGAAAAGAAGCUGAAAAGUUAUUAACAGAAAAAGGAAAACAUGGAAGCUUCCUUGUGCGAGAGAGUCAAAGCCACCCAGGAGACUUUGUUCUUUCAGUUCGGACAGGAGAUGAUAAAGGCGAGAGUAAUGAUGGGAAAUCGAAAGUGACCCAUGUCAUGAUUCGGUGCCAGAAUCAUAGAAUCGUAGGACUGGAAGGGACCUCGAGAGGUCUUCUAGUCCAGUCUCCUGCACUCAAGGAGCUGAAAUACGAUGUUGGCGGAGGGGAGAAAUUUGACUCUCUAACAGAUCUAGUGGAACAUUAUAAGAAGAACCCCAUGGUAGAAACUUUGGGCACAGUACUACAGCUUAAGCAGCCCCUGAAUACAACCCGUAUUAAUGCUGCAGAGAUUGAAAGCCGGGUGCGAGAACUAAGCAAGCUAGCAGAGACCACAGAUAAAGUCAAGCAAGGCUUCUGGGAAGAAUUUGAGACUUUACAACAGCAAGAAUGCAAACUUCUAUAUAGUCGUAAAGAGGGUCAACGGCAAGAAAGCAAAAACAAAAAUAGAUACAAAAACAUUUUACCUUUUGAUCAUACCAGAGUUGUUCUACAUGACGGAGAUCCAAAUGAACCAGUUUCAGAUUAUAUCAAUGCUAAUAUUAUUAUGCCUGAAUUUGAAACUAAGUGCAACAAUUCAAAGCCAAAAAAAAGUUACAUUGCUACUCAAGGCUGCCUACAGAACACAGUGAAUGACUUCUGGAGAAUGGUAUUCCAGGAGAACUCUCGUGUUAUCGUUAUGACAACAAAAGAAGUCGAAAGAGGAAAGAGUAAGUGUGUCAAAUACUGGCCUGAUGAAUACGCAUUAAAGGAAUACGGGGUUAUGCGUGUUAGGAAUGUUAAGGAAAGUGCAGCUCAUGACUAUACGCUAAGAGAACUGAAACUUUCUAAAGUUGGUCAGGGGAACACUGAGAGAACAGUCUGGCAAUAUCACUUCAGAACCUGGCCUGAUCAUGGAGUACCCAGUGAUCCUGGCGGUGUCCUGGACUUCUUAGAGGAGGUCCACCACAAGCAGGAAAGCAUCGCUGAUUCAGGACCUGUUGUGGUGCAUUGCAGUGCUGGGAUUGGACGAACAGGAACUUUUAUUGUGAUUGAUAUUCUUAUUGACAUAAUCCGAGAAAAAGGCGUGGACUGUGAUAUUGAUGUUCCAAAGACCAUUCAGAUGGUGAGAUCGCAGCGGUCAGGGAUGGUUCAAACAGAAGCGCAGUACAGAUUUAUUUACAUGGCAGUACAGCACUACAUUGAAACGCUACAGCGUAGAAUUGAAGAGGAGCAGAAGAGUAAGAGGAAAGGGCAUGAAUACACAAACAUUAAAUAUUCUUUAUCGGACCAGACAAGUGGGGAUCAGAGCCCACUUCCACCAUGUACUCCGACCCCAACCUGUCCAGAAAUGAGAGAAGAUAGUGCUAGAGUAUAUGAAAAUGUGGGGUUGAUGCAGCAGCAGCAGAAAAGCUUUAGAUGAGAUGUACAGAAACUUCCAUGCAAAGGAAGAAAUGAAUAUUGUUUUUUAAAAAAGGUCAAGAAAGAGAUGGAACAAGCUUCACAUGAAGAAUGAAUUUUGAAGGCUUGGUACCUUUUUAUUUAUGGUGUUUAACCCUUCAAUAAUAAGCAAAACCUAAGACCAUCUAAAGAUCAUUAUAUCCUUUCUCUCCAAUAUCUGAUUUACAAUUGCUCAUUUUUCAAAUAAAAAGGAAAUCCUCUCUACAAUGUAGAAAGAUAUUUUGUAGAAUCUUAAUUGUGAAUCCAGCCAACUGUUAGCCUGGCGUUCAUCUGCUUCAAAUAGCAUUUUUGUUUCAAAAUCUGGUUAUUAGCAUUAUUUCUUAUCAGAGCAGUUGUGGGGAUUUUUUUUUUGAAUGGGGAAGCAAUGAUGUGGGUAAGUCCAUUAUAUAAAUAUAAAAUACUAAUGGGAACAAUUCUUGAUUGUUUGAAGACAGUGGAUCACCCACAUUAAAAGUCCGCUACAUGAUAACAUUCGUCCUAAUGCAUUUCAAACUUGGUCUGAGUUUGACAGGGGUGAGCAGUUCAUCUUUGAUAUGAAGAUGUUUUUUGUGACCGCUGAUGGCUUUGAUUACUUCUCAGCUGAGUUGCUGGAUGGGCUGUUUUUGAGUAACUACAAAAAGUAGCCUUUGCCUCAGACUAGAACAUUCUGUAGAUGACCUGUACCCAAGAUACCAAUUUACAGCCACUCUGGC